CGUGGAGCCUGUCUAGGAGGGGAUGGACCAGUGGGGAGCAAGCAGGCAGGUCCUGGAUGAGAGCUGAAGACAGGGCUGUUUAGAGGCAAGAGGCAGACCCUGGGCCUGGGACUGGCAACAGCAGAAGAUGUUGAGGAGCCCCCGGAGGGGGCCGAGAGGGUGGCAGUAACAUCGUGAGAAAGGAACACAGGAGGAACAGGUUUAGGCUUCCCCCACCCAGGACCCAGCAGUGACAGCUGAGGCCAUGUGAGUCUGGUCCUGAAUGAGGCUUUAUCUCUGACGGUUUGUCCCUGUCAUCCACUGUGGCACCACCAGCUUCCUCCGACAGUCUGGAACAGACAACGGAGACAGCCUGAGCGAGAGAGGUGAGGAUAGCCGUAGCGUGGACUGAGAAGAGCAGGCAUCUGCCAGGCAGAUGAUGGAGGCACAGGGUCAGGAUAAACACCCUCUGAACCCCAACAUUGAUCCUCCAUCCUGACCCUGCCUGGCCAAGCCAUGUCCCAACAAGCCUCAGUGGGCAGGGGGCUGCCCCCAGAUGUGCUGGCAGAGCAGGUGGAACUAUGGUGGUCCCAGCAGCCCCGGCGCUCCUUGCUCUGCUUCUCCGUGGCCGUGGUCCUUGUGGCCGGCUGUGGGGCAGGCGGCGUGGCGCUGCUGUCCUCCACCAGCAGCCGAUCCGGCGAAUGGCGACUAGCGGUGGGCACGGUGCUCUGCCUGCUGGCCCUGAUGGUUCUGGUGAAACAGCUGAUGAGCUCUGCCGUGCAGGAUAUGAACUGCAUACGCCAGGCCCAUCACGUGGCCUUGCUGCGCAGCGGUGGAGGGGCCGAUGCUGUUGUUGUGUUGCUCAGUGGCUUUGUGCUGCUGGUCACUGGCCUGACCCUGGCUGGGCUGGCUGCUGCCCCAGCCCCAGCACGGCCACUAGCUGCCAUGCUGUCUGUGGGCAUUACCUUGGCUUCCUUGGGCUCAGUCUUGCUGCUGGGGUUGCUAUUGUACCAGGUGGGUGUGAGUGGACACUGCCCCCAGAUCUGUACAGAGGCAUUCUCCACCCGAAAUGGCCCUGGUAAUAACAGCAGCAUCUUUAGCAUCUCAGGACGGUUGUCUUCUGGUCAGCGUCAUGAGACCACCUCCAGCAUUGCCAACCUCAUCUGACAGAGAUGGAGCCCUUCUUCUCAUGACCUGCCUUAAUAUCCCCAGAACUUGUAGCGGACAUGCACAGGUACAUACAUAUAUGUGUGUCCUGCUGCCACGGAAUUGCAUGAUAUGUGAUUAGGAGCCCAUGUGCACCCACAUAUCUAUCCCAUGAGAAGGUGAGUGAUGCUUCCUUCAGGCUAUCCAUGGGCUGUCCAUGCUCUCUGCCUGGUUCUGGGGUCUCUAGGCGAUACUCAUCUGGAGUCUCUGAAGACUUGACCCAUAUUUCCAAGAUCCUACAACACUAGUCUUGCCCUAUGACAUCAUCAAGGAUCUCCACAGAGGUGACUGUUGCCUGUCCACGACUACACCAGUGAUUGCUCUUCAGAGAGUGACUCUUGGCAAACUGAGGGAAACGUCUUCCGGAUGAGAUGGACCUGGACGGGGAAAUGCCUUUGAGUUUGAAACCUAGCAGCCGGGGCCAGUGAGAGGUGACUCAGCCGCUCCUGCCUCAGUUUCUUAGGACAGCGUUGCUAUUGAUUCUUAGGAUUAAAUGCCUCUUGGGCAAGAUGAUUGGGCUCCUGGCAAAUAUUCAAUUAAAAGGUGAUUAUAAUGAAAAAGAAAUAAAUCAUGAGGAAAAGGUGGCUGUAGUUGCUGUCUUCACCACGGCAUCUCACCUCAGAGACCCUUAGCCCCAGCCCCACAGCCCACUCAUCUCAGGCUAUGGAGUCAUGGCGUCUUCAGCCAGACCUGGGGUUUCUCUUCUCAUGAGAGAAGGGGCAAGGGGCGAGAGAAUUACACGGGUUUGGAAAGAAACCUACUGGUCUCUGGUCCCAAAGAGAGUGGGGAGCCAGUCCUUCACGCUUGUUCACUUGCAGUUCAAAGGGAGAUUUAACCAGUGACUGUGUCUCUAGAAAUGUGCCCCUGUCCUUGUGUAUAGUCUGUCUUCUGUGAAACAAGAACAGCCUAAAUUUGUGUGGCCAUUGUUCUAGUUGGCCUGCUUCUGGGUUCCAGGCACUAAAGAGGUGUGACAGCCCUUCUGAGUAGUAAGUCACUUCCUGCUUGGAGUUGCCCUGGAAGGGCUCUCUUUUCCCUGUGGUAUGUGUUUCCUUUCCAGGUGACAAGAACAUAGGUUACAGCUUUGGCCACUUCCUGCUACACAAGGUGGAGAUUAUCUGAAGACAUCAGAGACUCAGAGAGACAGCUGUCUCCUAAAAGACGCCGAUACAGGAGAAACUUGUAGUAGUAAAAUUGGUGCUAUGAAGGAUUUACUAAUAA